AGUGAAAGCAGCUCAGCUUUACACAAAGCCUGUCCUUCGUGCUUCGUUCGGUUGUAUUUCCCUCUCCUUGUCCAUUUGAAGAGCAUUUACACAAGUAAUCAUGUCUUCAGUGAAGGUUAUGCUUGUAGUUUCUCUCUUCACCCCUGCUGUGAUGCCCAAUUCAGGUUUGCUUAAAGUGGAAUGCCUACCUGCAGUUGGAAUUCUUGCUCAGACCACAGUUAUCAGAUGCGUUUUCAAAAACGUCAAAGAUAUUCACAUACUUGGAGUUUAUUUAACAAAAACUGGACAGAACGAGCCAUUUUUUAGUCAAGUUGGUUCAGAAAGUUCAGGAGAUCCACGCUUUAGUCUUGAAAACUUAGCAGUGGGUCCAUCUCUGCAAAUCUCUGACACAAUGUUUUCUGAUGAGGGCAAAUAUCAGUACCGUGUUGUAACGGACAGUGGUUUUGAAGAAAUACAACUUAGCAUCAGUGUCAGAGCAAAGUACAAGGAUCCUGUCACAAGCACAUGGCCUAAAAAUGUAACCGAUGGAGGACCUGCCAGCCUUUAUUGCAAUGCUACUGAUGGAUACCCAGAAGGCUUCAUCCAUUGGUUUGACCGUUCUGGAACCAACUGGACCAUAAAUUCAGAGCUGACAAAAAUCCCAGCGGGUGUAAAAUCUGUGGCUUUGUCUAGCAAACUGACUUUCAAGUCUAUCAACUUGGGCCUGGCACCAUUUAGAUGCAUCGUCUUUAAUAGCAAAUAUGUAAAAGAUGGAGAAAACACACUGGAGAUCACAUCUGCUAUAAGUGAUGUUAACAAGGAUUCUUCCAGAUCUAAUGCAACAAACAUUGUCGCUGGUGUGAUGGUCAUUGGAUCGCUUAUUGUCGGCCUGCUGUUUGCUCUGUUGUGUUUCAGAAAAAGAAAUGCUCGUCAUAAGGAUACCUUUAACAAUCAUUUUAAGGAUGGUAGACGACCUUCUGCCCAUCCUAUUCUAAGCUAUGAAACAGGAAGGGCUGAUGAAGAUGAUGUGGAAAAUGGUGACAGCAGUCCUGAGAAGCUUCAGUAGAUGAAAUUGAAACUAUAAGCCCUGAUUUUCAUACUGAGGUCAGUACAGCAGCCAUUUGACUGAAACAAAAGUGAAGCCAUAAGGAAAAUGGCAGCUGUUGCAAUAAUGACAGACUAAACAAUCAGUUCUCCUUAUAUUUACAAUCAAAUGUGGGUUUAGAGAUCAUGUACACUAAUAACUGUCAAAUGUAUUACUACAUCAAUGUAAACAGAGUUUUAUUAAAGAGGUUCUUGGAGGUUUGCUGAAAAUUAUAGGAAAGAUUGUUCUUUUUUUUUUAAGUGUUUUUUGUAAUUUUUUUU